CAACGUCCAGAUGCGAUCCAAUGCUCUCACCAACAGCAGAGUAUAUUGCAGCACCUCUUGCGGACGCCAGAUUGGGGCAUUAUCUUCUCUUUCAAUUUUGUCACGCCAUUCGUGCGUCGUCAAUACCAGCAGCAGAUUGCUUCCAUCAUGUCCGUGACGUAACUGCAGCUUCUGGCACUUGCAUCACCGACAGCACCGCCGAGCCGCACCAACCCACCGCUCCUCGCCUACAACACCGUCCCAGUGUAACUGAUCUCUGUCUAUUUUCAAACCGACUCUCCGAGCUCUCUCUUGUCCGUGAGUUGGACGAUACUGCGCAAGGAAAGCACAAGACUCCGAUCUUUGCACUUGUCGAUUAGGCUAUGAAGGGGAUAAUUGAGUAGGUAGGAAGCUUUAACCAAUCCAUCUUCCAGGCAGGCUAUCCUGAAAAGCCGGUCCAGGAAGGCCGCUGACGUGCUGAUGACAGGAAUCAACAGAACAUCCACGAUCCCCCUCUCAACACCAGCCGAACCCGCUGUUUGUUGGACCAUUUACUGCCUCACACCUCAUCAUUUGAAGCCAAUGCUCGAGCUGCUUUGCACGCAAAUACCGAAUUCACUAGAACUUGCAAGUCUGGCUGAUCUGUCUAUACAGUGAGACCUGGUCAAUUUCUGUCUCUUUCACACAUGCCACAACAGUCAAUGCAGAUUCAUCUGUCAGCGAGAGUGGAUACCGAGGCCCAUCAAUACCUGUGUUUCCCCUCCGUUACACCGACACCAUCUUCAAGUCACAGACAGUGCACCGAGAAGCCGAUGCAGUCUCCUAGUCAAAGAACCAUCGCCUACUUUGCCAAGCUCCGUCACACGAACACCGGUACAACCUUAGUGAGAGCGAGAUACCUAUUGUGUCGUGGAGAGAAGGUUUUCGUAGGAGACGAUCACAGAGACUCGGCGCUGGAGCGCAAACAAAACCUCUUGAGCUGUUGCCUUGGAGAUCAAGGAUCAGAGAACAGGGUUCAGGUUGCCCAUGCUUCUAGACACGACCUAGGAGUCGCUGGAGUCAGUCGACUUCGGAGAUGGAGAGCGUCGUAUCACUAAGGCUGGAGGCAAACAAGGAUGAGGUAGGAGGUUGAGG